AUGCAUAAACAGAGUUUCUGUGUCCAGGUUUGUGUGCUGGCCGCUGCCGCCGCCGAUGCUAUGGUUAACAGAGGUGUCAUCGAGGCACGUGAAGACAAACGGGGUCUUCUGUCUGGUCCUGCCCUGUCAGAACACGGUUACGGCCUGGGUCUGGAUCUGGGCCUGGGACUGGGACUGGGACGAGGCCUAAGUCUUGGAGGAGACCUGGGCCUGGCAGCUGGCCCAGCUCUCAGCGUGGCAGCUGCUCCAGUAUUUGCUACCGCCCAAUCUGUUGCCACUGCGCCCGUCGUUUCUGCCGCCCCCGUGUCUGUAACCACAAUAACGCGCCAUGUCCCUGUUCCUUUGCCACAACCCGUCCCUGUGUCUGUUAAUCGUCCCGUUCCUGUAGCCGUCCCUGCCCCUUAUCCAGUAGAUGUCCCUCGCCCUGUCCCUGUAUCGGUGCCUCAACCGGUCCCAGUCACCGUAGUGAGGCCCGUCCCUGUUAGUGUGCCACGGCCUGUCCCAGUGCCGGUCACUCAGCAUAUCCCCGUGCCUGUACCGCGCCCUGUCCCUGUGACUGUGCUUCAGCCUGUCCCUGUACGUCAGCCUGUAGUUCAACCUGUAGCAAUAACAGUGCAGCAGCCUCCCCUCGCUCUCGGGGCUCCAGGCAUAGGAGGAAUUGCAUUCAGUGGUGGGCUGGACCUUCACGGCUCCAGUAGCUACGUCUACAACUCGCUGGGUUCGGGUCUGCAAGCCGCUAGUUAUGCUCCUAACUAUUUGUCUCCCUACAAACACUGA